CUGUAAAUGCUUGAGAUUAAAUUGAUGUUAUUUUCAGAAAAUUUGGCUCUGAACAGACAAACAUGGCAAUCAAAUCAAUACAAUCCAAAUAAUACUCUAUUUCACUCAAGUAAAGCUGUGGAUGGUAAAUGGACUGAUUUAAGAGCUUGGGGAGGACAGUGUUCUAUAUCAGCUGAUGGAUACAGUACUUCGACCUGGUGGGUAAUCCUGGACGCAAUCUACAGCAUUCAUAAUAUAAGGAUUCAUUACAGAACAGAAAACAUUAUAUGGGAUGCAUCUAAUGGAUACACGGCAAGAUUUCUAGGUUUCUAUGUUUACAUAUCAAAUUCAACAGACCGUCUCGAUGGUCAUUUGUGUUUCCACGAUACGAACUAUACCAGAUCAACAAUACCUGCCAUCGCCAAUAUAAGUUGUCCUGUUCAUGGACAAUAUGUUAUAUAUUUUAAUGAGAGAUUUCCAGGUGUAACAUAUCCAACCGAAUACUCCAAAUAUGCAUUUAAUGAACUCUGUGAAGUGGAAGUCUAUGGUUGCACUGCUGGAUUAUACGGGCCUGAUUGUUCCCUUCCCUGUCCUGACAAAUGUCGUUAUUGUCACAUAGAGACUGGAGUGUGUUCCUGGUGUAAACCUGGGUAUCAGGGAUAUCAAUGCGAAAAUGAAUGCAACGGUGGCAGACAUGGUCAGGAUUGUGGAUUAAAAUGUGGAGCGUGUCUGGGAUAUAAACAAUGUCACCAUAUCAAUGCUUCAUGUCCUGAAGGCUGUGAUGCUGGGUAUGAAGGAACAUAUUGUGACAAAGAGUGUUCAAAGGGAAAGUUUGGAAAUAAUUGUGAACGGAAUUGCAAUGAAAACUGUAAGGAUUCCUUAAAAUGCAACAGAACAACAGGAGAGUGUGAAAGCGGAUGUCAACCAGGCUGGAAGGGACUUCACUGUACAAACGAAUGUGACGGUGGAGUUUAUGGUAAGGAUUGUAGCAUACCAUGUGGUCACUGCCUGAAGUCAGCUCAAUGUCAACCACUGAAUGGAUCUUGUUUAAAUGGAUGUGACGCAGGUUAUCAAGGAUCUUUUUGCAACGAAACGUGCAACCAUGGCUGGUAUGGCUCAGAAUGUCAAGAACAGUGUGGUUACUGUAAAGGUUACAAACCUUGCCAUCAUGUGACCGGAUCCUGUUUUGAUUUAUGUGAACCUGGAUAUUCCGGAAAUAAAUGCACAGAGAAUGUCUUUACACAACUCCUAGCCAACCAAAGGGAGAUGAUAGAUUAUCUGAGGGGAUUUAUGUCUUCUAAAACACGCAAUAAUGAGUUAAAAGAAAAUGACACAUCGCCAAUGGAGGACUGAUGAAUAUGAACAAUAUGAACAAAAAUAUGAACAAAGUUUUAAAAAAAUACUUUUUUCGUCUAAGAUAUACAAGAUUUUGUUUUUGAAAUAAAUACUGUCUUCUUGAUUGGAAAUAAAAAAAAAAUCAUUGCCUCAUCGUCACAAAAUACAACCCAUUCAGUCUUUCAUAUACUGACUGAAGUGUUACAUAUUCAUUGUU